AUGAACAAAAUUACGUGUGCACAUCACCAAAUUCCAAAUGGGAAUAAAACGAAAAAAAUGGAAACGCCAAACGGUUUUGCCGCAAUAGUGUGGCGCAGCCACUCGAACGGUUUUUCAAGCGCCGGCGGUAAAACCGUUCGGCCUCAACGGCGAAAAUACCGCAGUGUGGCCCGACCCUUAUUUACUUAUGGUAAACGUCAACAUACAGAUGGAGAAUGGGCUAUAAAAAUAAGUAAAUAUUUUUGGCCUCAAGUAUUCUCUAACAAGUUUGUGAAACAUGGAAUACAAUAUGAACUAACAGCAAGAGAUGUGUACAUUAAGAACACUGGUAACAAUGUUAUUAUAAGUGGUUUCAUUACAUCAAAGAAGUGUCCAUGGUUAGGCUAUUCUCCAUAUGGAGUAGUCUUGGAUACUUUGAACAACCCAAAAAAGCUCAUAGAAAUAAAAUGUCCGUUUAAAGGAAGUUUGGUUGGUUUAACAGAACUAUUGAGUAAUGUUAACUUUCUAGUUCAAGGAACUGAUGGUCAAUGA